CCCAGCCCCUCAUGGUGGCGUGAGGUUCUGAGCGCUUGGUGAGGAUGUACAAGUCGCCCAUGUUGACGUCGCCGAUAUCAAGGCCGUGCAUGACGAGUCGCUCGCAUCGACAGCGCCCAUAUUGAAGCAGUGGAUCAGAGCAUUGAUGCCGCCGGGCGAAAGGUUGGUGCGGAGCUGAUGGACGUGGUGGUCGUACCGGUGAUUGCCUUGGAUGAUGUCCGAGUUUCAACCGAACCAAGUCGAAUAGAGCCUGGCGAGGCGGGCGCAGAGGGAUGUCGAGUCGAGCUUCAGGAUGCCUCGGAGCAGACAUUGCACUCGGUCCCCAUCAUCCGUGUCGCCGCGGUCUACAAAGUCGAAGUCGAUGUCGAAUUCAAAGCAUGUGCUCCUGAGCAAGUCGAAAGCGAGCUGCGUCUCUUGGGCGCCUGUGAGCGGAGCGCUGCGUUUUUCAAGGUGGCUAUCUACAUACAUGUCGCUGUCGCCUUCGCCUUCGCCAUCGCCGUCUCAGCACUAGAAAAGCACGUGCUUAAAAAGAAGCCGGAGUGCUCGAUAGCCAUGGUAGUAGAAGCCUUUUCAACCGCCGUGUCCGAGUCUACAACUCAGCGCCGGCCUCCCCAUUGUUGCCGUUGCACCCACUAUCGCUCCUAGCGUCGUCUAUAGGGGUAGAGCCUAACGUGGGUGUUGAGUCAGUAAGCGCCCUCGCUUCCUGCU